UUCUUAUUCUUCCCUUCCUUCUCCGGCAAGAAACCUCCUCCGUUCACAUCUCCGUUCAACCACCGCGCCUCCGCCGAUCGCUGCUCCGGCAUUAUCACGUGACUUCACCGUUCUGCACGUGAUCUUCUUCUACACCAACUAACAUGGGGAGAGGGAAAUUGAGCAUGAAAUUGAUUAGUAACGAGAAAUCUCGAAAAACUACUUUUUCUAAGCGAAAGAAUAGUUUGAUGAGAAAAGCGUACGAGCUCUCGACACUUUGCGAUGUUCGUACUUGUGUCAUUGUCCACGGUCCGAAUCAAAGCGACCAAUCUCCCAUCCACACAUGGCCGUCGUCUCGUGACUCAGUCAAUGACAUGAUCGCUUCUUACAAAUCUAACUGUCUCCACAAACGAACCCGCAAGUCUUUUAAUCUCUUCGACUUCUUUUCCGACCGGAAAAAGAAGAUUGAAUCCGACAUGUCCAAGCUUCGCAAGGACGUUGCAAAAGCCAGGUAUCCAAAGUGGGAUGAACGGCUCGAGUGUUUAAUGGAAGAACAAUUACGAGUACUAAUGGUCGAGAUAGAUUCAAAGCUAGAUGCGACAAAGAGAAGGAUUGAGAAUGUUGAGGAGAGGGUAUCAGGAGGAAGCAACCAAACCCUAAAUGCAAACAUGAACAAGAACCAAUUGAUAUCAUUUGAGGAAACACAGCCCAUGAUGGCAUACAAUCAAAUCCAAGCAAUGCCACAAGAUCUUCAAGCUGGGAGCUCAGCUGUUCCAAUGAUUCAAAUGGAUCAUGAGUUUGAGAAUUUGAAUCAAUUCAUUUAUGGGUCAUCACUACCUCAAAUUCAUGGCAAUUAUUUCCAAAACCCUAAUUUUUGUAGUGAUCCAACAAAUGGGAUGAUCAUGGAUAGCACACAAAGUUACUCAAUGUGCCACUAUGGAGUUCCUCUUGCUCCUACUCACUCAAUCAUGCCAUUGUCAUACAUGCAGCUCACGGAUGAUCAAAUGAUGAUGGGUUGUUCUUCAAAUUCUCAAAUGGGAUUGCCUAAUGCUUCAAAUCAAGUUAAUGAUCAGCUUGAUUACUUCAAUUAUGAGUAUUUUAUGAAGAACUUCUAAUGUAUUAAUCACCAAUUAGUGCUUAAUUAGCUGAGGUUAGUUGGUGUUAAUUAUGUUUUAGGAUAAUCAUUUCUCAAUUGCUAAUGUUUUUUUCUUUGGUUAGAUUGGCUAGAUGAUUGGAACUUUUCUAUAGUAAUGUUAUAGAU